AAUUUCAUUAACCAAUACCCAAACUGUAUACCAAAUACUUACCUAUCAAAUUGCUUUAAACUCCAUAAUCUUUCAUUUCAAAGUCAUCAAUUUACAGGUUAUCGAUCUCAUUACUCCCUCUUAAUUCUCAACCUUACAUCCUCUUCACUCAAAUGGAUUAUGAACCUCCAUUUCUCAAUACUUACAAGACCCUUUUGGAAAAAGGCCUAGAAGAGGAUUCAAAAAAUGAUGAUGAUGAUUUGUACUCCAUGGUAGAUAGAAGAUAUGAGGAGCAACUACCUUUGAUUGAUCUUGAGAGGCUAAAUAACAAAGAUGAAAGAGAAGAAUGCAUGAAAGAAAUAAGUGAAGCUGCAAGUGAGUGGGGUUUCUUUCAGGUUAUUAAUCAUGGAAUUUCAAAUGAGGUUAUGGAGAACAUGAUAUCUGAGCAAAUGAAAUUGUUCCGUGAGCCUUUUGUGAAUAAGUUGUCUGCAGAAACUGUCUUUAAUUUGUCUCCAAAUACUUAUAGAUGGGGAAAUCCAUGUGCCACCAAGCUUAGACAACUUUCUUGGAUAGAAGCCUUUCAUUUUCCUCUCACAGAUAUACCAAAUAUGGAACCUCACAUAACUCUAAGAUCAAGCCUUGAAGAUUUUGCAACAAGAAUGGCCACUCUUGGUGAAAACUUGGUAGAAAUUCUUGCCAUCAAAGUGAAUAUGAAUUCCAACCAUUUCCAAGAGAAUUACUUGCCUAAAAGUUCUUUCAUUCGACUCAAUAGAUAUCCUCCAUGCCCUAUAUCUUCAAAGGUGUAUGGCAUCUUGCCUCAUAGUGACACUAGUUUCCUUACCAUCCUUUAUCAAGACCAAAUUGGGGGCUUGCAAUUGAUGAAAGAUGGAAAAUGGGUUGAUGUCAAGCCUAAUCCAAGUGCACUAGUUGUUAAUAUUGGUGAUCUAUUUCAGGCACUUAGUAAUAAUGUUUACAAAAGCAUUAAGCACAGAGUUGUUGCUGCUGAGGAAGAGAGGUUUUCUACUGCCUUUUUCUAUUGCCCCUUCAAUGAUGCAGUUAUACAAAGUGAAAACAAGCCAGCUCUCUAUAAGAAAUUCACUUUAAGAGAGUAUAGACAACAGACUUUGAAAGAUGUCAAUCAAACAGGUGAUAAAGUUGGCCUCUCUAGAUUUGUUCUAUAGAAUAGUGUGUAUGUGUGUGGAAGGUUUAAGUCAUCAUUUUGUGAAAUGGAAAAUAAUGUAAGUAAGCACUUGUACAAGUUUCUAUUAUGUAGGUGUUUAUGCAUAAGGAAUAAUUGUAAACAUAUUUUGUAAGAUAUUAAUCUGAGAAGCUUAUUGUAAUAUAAGCUUAAAAUAUUUUAUGGAUGGAUAGAUGGAUGGAUGUACUAUAAACUCUUAAAUAACGUAAAUUUUAGAGAGU